ACAAAGAAACUAAUAAAAUAAGAAUGGAAAAAUCCAUUAAUUCUUGUAUUGGACAUGAAUUUGAAUAUUGCAGAAGAUUUGCACGAGAUUAAGCAAUGAAAAAUAAUUAUUGAUUACUUAAUAAUUAUUGUCAUCGCAUCGCUUUAGCAUAUGUCCAUUCCAUUGUCCAUAUAAUCCCCUCUGAUUCCAUUUCUUGCCCCCAAAAUCUCUUUCAACUAUUCUCAACUUUCCAACUGUUUUCCUACCUCUUUUAUUUUUUCUUUUGUUUUCUUCAAUCCCUCCAUCUUUCUAUAUACAUAUACAUGCAUCAUACACACAAUAGAGAAGCUUAAUGAGAGAGAGAGGGAGAGAGAGAGAGAUGGCAGAUUGGGGACCAGUAGUGAUAGCGGUGGUGCUGUUCGUGCUGUUGACACCGGGACUGUUGUUUCAGAUACCGGGGAAGGAUGCAUUGGUACAAUUCGCGAACAUGCAAACCAGCGGCAUCUCCAUACUUGUUGACACGGUCAUCUAUUUCGGCCUCAUCACCAUCUUCCUCAUUGCCAUCGGCGUUCACAUCUACUCUGGCUAAUUAUUACUUACUACUACUACUAUAUAUAUAGAUAUAUAUUUCCAUUUCCACCACACUUCUCUCAAGUUUUCACCUUUCAAGUCUAAGCUUCUUUGUCACUGAAAUUUUGUGAUUGUGGGGCUGUGUUGUGCUCCUCCUUGUUAUCUCAUGCUUUCAUAUGUGUGUAUAUAUAUACAUAUUGGUUUGAUAUGUAUUUCAAGAAGUGAAAGUGUGUAAGAAGGCCUUUUUGUUCACCUAAUUUAUUGUAAUUUUCAUUCCAAAUGAGAAUUUUACUGGUGCUAUUGCCAUUGGUGUACCCUAGAUCUAGGUGGUUGGUAAGUUGUUUUGGUUAAAUUGUUUAUGUUCUAAAGCUAUGAAGUAUAACUUUGAUUAGGGAUGUAAAGUGAAACAAUAAUAUUGGAAACAAUGACAAACAUAACGACAAACACAUUAAUUAGAGAUGAUGUUAAGUGAAUAUCACAUCAAGUGGUGAAAUUCACAUACAAAUCGUGUAUUUUAACUGAUAUAUUUAUUGAUAUAGACUUGUUAGUGUUCUGUGAAAUUGAAUAUUCUCUGGGCUUCGCCUUUCGUUCAAGGAGGGGUUAUAUUACAAGUUAUCCAUUUUAGGAAAGAUUAUAUAGUACAUCUAGCUAAUAAUUUAGCACUCCUAAACCAUCCCUAAUGAUGUGAUAUUAAAGUUAGAUAUCAUAUGAUGAAAUGUUCGACAAAUUAAAAUUUAACACUUGUCAAACACAGCACUAAGGGUAAUUUUUAAGAAUAAUAAAUUACGAUCAUACUUUAUAUGUGGUGUAUCACUUUAAUAAUAAAAAGAGUCAUUUUGUUUUGUUUUUAUUUUUUUGAGGGUCAUAUUUUCAUGUACAUUUGGACCUAAUUGAUGGGCAAAUGGAGCCGGAGUUAUAUGACAGACGCAGAGGCAGGAGAGGGCCUGGCCUUCUAAGGCUGUGAUGGUGGUCCAAGCACAAUCUUUGGCCACCGACCCCAAUCUCUGUCUCUCUCUACCACACGAUCAAUUCUGGUUUUGAUACAUGGUGGAGAGGAGGUAUACAACAGAGGCUAGAGAGAUUCAAGAACAGAUAAUACUGGGGCCUGACAGUGUGACAACAGUCGUGUCCCCAAUUUCCCCUGCUACAACCCUGUCCCUACUAGCCAAGUGGAGCUGACUAAUGGCUAGAGAACAUAAUAUACAUUCGGAAGUGUAAUAGAUCCAAAGCACCAUAGCUCAGGGUUUCAAUGUUUCAACAAACAAGAUGGCCAAAAUACUUUCUUCUAAAAUUGACCAAACACAAUGAGAAUGUUUGAUAAAGAAAGCAAAAUGCCAUGAAAAGAACUAAAAAACCAAACGCAGUUGGUUCCUUCAACCUCAGCUGACAAAAACCACCUGACAAAACAACAAAGACAUUGAAAUGCCCGAUGGCGAAGAUUUUACACAAUUCUAAAAAGCACAAAAUCAAUAACAGAGUGAAUUAAGACAAAAAUAGAACAAGUAGAAACAGAGUGCAAUCUAUCUGUUCCCCCCUAUGUAAUUACUAAUCAAGACAUUACUUCUUAGAAACCUUCAACAGUACACUAUUCUACUUAACAAAAAAGCCAUAUCCACAAGCUUAAGUAAUUCUUAAAAAAAAAUUAAAAAAAA